AUGCUAACGUCAUCUGUCAGUGACAAUGGUCUUCCACCCGAUUUGGAAUUUACUUUGGAGGAGAUCAGUACCGAGUUGGCCAAAUUGGGCGUGAAGGAGACCUCGCCCACACGACUAGCCGCUAUAAAGGCCGAUCUUGAUAAGCUCAUCGCUCGCGACCUUGAAGCACUGUCCAUCAGUCUCAAUCAGGAGGCUAGUACCGAGUUGCCGCACUCAGAGUCCGAUUCCGUCUCCUUUUCGGUCGGUCAAAUGAAAUCUCACACUGGCUUUUAA